UUUUAGCCAAUCGCUUUGGAAGCUUCUGCGCACCCCGUGACACAAGUCCACGCCCAAAAUGUCCCGGGCACGAGCGCGCUUCCUGCUCUCCAGCCGGCAUCGCGCUUAAAGGGGCCGCUGCGGGCGCGCGCUUGAAAGAGAGUGCGCGAGACGGACGCUCUGAGAGAGACUGCACGAGAGACCGCAUGAGGAGGUGAGGAAAAGUAAGACCGUCAACUGAGAGUGCGGGGAAGGUGAGCUUCCUCUCUUCCCUUCGUGAAAUCUGGUAAGCUAUCUGGUCACUUUGCUGCUGCAUCCAACAGUGAUCUUCCUGGGUGGAUAAAAUCUCCUCAGAAAAGCGUUUGAGAGACACUGUCAGUAUGGAGAGCGAGGAGGGGUUGUCGCCAUCCAAUCAAACGGGAGAAAAUAAUUCAGACAGCCUACCAGUGGACCUGACCGAAGAACAUGGGCAUGACGGAGACUCGGGGAAUGCUGGCACCUCUGAUAUUUCAAUUGCAAGCCAGAAGGAUGGAUUGGAGCUUAAACAGAAAAAAGCGGACAUUUAUAUCGACUUAGACAAUGAGAAGAGCCCACCGGCACAAUCUGCUGAUGAAAGUGGGGAUGCUUCUGAGAAUGCCAACUGCCUCAAUGAAGAUAAGACUGCAGGGGAACCCCCAGAAAAGCAAGCAGACUCUCCGCAGCCUAGCCAAACUGUACCAAAGAGAAUGAGAAUGAGACCCACUUUAAAACCUCGCACUUCUCUAUCUCACGGUGUAGACAGUAGCCUGAGCUCUGAUGUACUAUCCUCACCACAAAAUAAAGGAACAGCCCAAGCAGACAACUCUUCUCCCCAGGAAACCGAUGGGGGCCCUAAAACUCCAGCAGGGGACAGCCCAAAUGAGAAAUCUACUGGAACAGAGGCAUCAUUGGAGCAGAAGCCGAGUCAGCGUGCCCGUCGCUCUGAGACACUGAGAGCUGAAGGAUUGGCAUCAUCUCAAAGCAUGCAGAUUUCUGAUGAGGACUCUGAUGCUAUGGUGGAUGACCCAAAUGAUGAAGACUUCGUUCCAUCUAAAUCACGCCGUCCAACACGCAUGUCUCUUAGAAACCAAAUUCCACCUCGCCCCCCUAAACCAAUACUUACCAAGAUGACCUGUGCCAACUGUCGCACUCCUCUGCAGAAAGGGCAGACUGCAUAUCAGCGGAAGGGUCUGCCCCAGCUCUUCUGUUCAUCUGCCUGUCUUACUACCUUCUCUAAGAAACCCUUGGGCAAGAAGACAUGCACCUUUUGUAAAAAGGAUAUCCGUAACUCCAAAGAUGCAGUGGUUGCCCAGACUGGGGCAGGUGGCUCAUUCCAAGAAUUCUGCUCUUCUGCCUGUCUCUCUUUAUUUGAGGCACAGCCACGUUCUAGCUCCCAGGCUUCUUCAGACAGUGGAGAUAUCAUAAAGUGUAGCAUCUGCCACAAAAGUGGAGAGAUUCAGCACGAGGUCAGCAAUGGCAAUGUAGUCCACAGACUCUGCAGCGAUUCUUGUUUCACUAAAUUCAGGGCCACUAAGGGUCUAAAAACCAACUGCUGCGAUAACUGUGGCAUCUACAUUUAUAACAAGGGUCUGCCACUGGAGUAUCUAUUCCAUGAGGGCCAACAGAAACGCUUCUGUAAUGCAGCCUGCCUGAACAACUACAAAAAGAAAAACACAAAGGUAUAUCCUUGCAUGUACUGCAAGACACUCUGUAAGAAUUUUGAGAUGCUUUCCAAUGUGGACAAAAAUGGUCGUAUGGGUCUGUUCUGCUCAAUCUGCUGCAUCACUUCACAUAAAGUCAAGCAGUCGGGUUUAACCGGUCCUGCUCGACCAUGCAGUCUAUGUAGACGCAGUUUACCUGAGCCGGCAUACUAUAAUAAGACCGAAAGGGUUCUCUACCAGUUCUGCAGCCCAAGCUGUUGGACCACUUUCCAGCGCACCAGCCCAGAAGGCGGCAUACACCUUAACUGCCAUUACUGCCAUAACUUGUUCACAGGAAAGCCAGAGAUUCUUGACUGGCAGGACCACGUAUACCAGUUUUGCUGUAAAGACUGCUGUGAUGAUUACAAGCGACUGCAUGGGGUGGUGUCUCAGUGUGAAUAUUGCAAGCAAGAGAAGCUACUCCAUGAAAAGAUACGAUUUUCUGGUGUGGAAAAAAACUUCUGCAGUGAAGGCUGUGUGCUGCUUUACAAACAAGACUUCACCAAGAACCUGGGGCUGUGCUGUAUCACCUGCACUUACUGUUCUCAGACUUGCCAGCGGGCAGUUACUGAGGAGUUGGAUGGCAGCACAUGGGACUUCUGCAGUGAAGAUUGCAAGAGCAAGUACCUUUUAUGGUAUUUCAAGGCUGCAAGGUGCCAUGCCUGCAAGCGUCAAGGCAAACUGGUGGAAACAAUUCACUGGCGCGGGGAAAUUAAACAUUUCUGCAAUCAGCAAUGUCUGCUACGCUUCUACAACCAACAAAACCAGCCUAAUCUUGACACACAGAAAGGGCCUGAGAGCUUGCUCUAUAGUAAAAAGGGUCAAAACGCAGGAUCUAAACCGUCCGCAAAUGCCCAGCCAAAAACAGAAACCAAUACGGCUUCUCCAAAGCCUCGGACAGCACAAGUUUCGCCCCCACCUCCACCCCAAACCCCUUCCAGCACUCCUCGCAAGAACAAAGCUGCUAUGUGCAAACCUCUAAUGCAGAAUCGUGGGGUGUCCUGUCGGGUUGAGACCAAAAGCAAAGAUUGUCAGACUGAAGAGGAUUGGAAGCCACAAAUUAUAGUGCUGCCCAUCCCAGUACCUAUAUUUGUGCCAGUACCAAUGAACCUAUAUUCUCAGAAAGUGCCUGUUCCUGUAUCUAUUCCAGUCCCGGUGCCUGUACCUAUGCUGCUGCCAACCACCCUGGAAAGUACUGAUAAGAUUAUAGAAACAAUUGAGGAGCUUAAAGCAAAAAUUCCAUCCAACCCACUUGAGGCUGACAUUCUAGCUAUGGCUGAAAUGAUUGCAGAAGCUGAAGAGCUGGACAAGUCAUCUGAUCUCGGGGAGCUUGCCAGUGAUCAGAGUGCGGAAGGGCUUUUAGAAGACUGCGAUCUGUUUGGGCCAGCUCGGGAUGACGUUUUGGCAAUGGCUGUGAAAAUGGCAAAUGUGAUGGAAGAGCCAGGACGGGACCUGGAAGCAGACUUUCCUAAAAACUCACUGGACAUUAAUCAGAGUGUGGAUUUCUUGUUUGACUGUGGUCUUGUGGGUUCCGAUGAUGCUGCUGAUCAGGAGGCAUCCAGAGUAUUACGAAAAGGCCCUAAGAGAAUGCUUGUGUCUGAAAAAGAGAGCAGUUCGAAGGAUUCCGCAGUUAGUCGCAAGUCCAGCACCAGCCUCAGCUUUACAUAUGGUGUAAAUGCCUGGAAAGCCUGGGUGCAGAGGAAGUAUGAGGGAGUAGAGCCCAGUAAAGGCGAGGAACUCCGUUUUGGGCCAAAGCCAAUGCGUAUAAAAGAGGAAAUCUUAGCUUGCACAGCAGCAGAGUUAAAUUAUGGCUUAGCACAGUUUGUAAAGGAAAUAACAAGACCAAAUGGAGACAGAUAUGAGCCAGACAGCAUUUUCUACUUGUGUCUGGGCAUCCAGCAGUAUCUGCUGGAAAAUAACCGAAUGGUGAAUAUCUUCACGGACUUGUAUUAUCUAACGUUUGUGCAAGAGCUGAAUAAGUUACUGACUGCAUGGUAUCGGAGCCUGACACCAAAUAGACUGUCUUUCUCUCGUGUACAAGAGGAGCAUCUGUGGGACUGUAAACAGCUAGGCGUCUACUCUCCAUUUGUUCUCCUUAACACACUUAUGUACUUCAAUACCAAGUAUUUUGGGCUGCGUACAGCAGAAGAACACAUGCAGUUGUCAUUCAGUAAUGUUGUGAGACAUUCCCGUAAGUGCUCAACUAACAAAGGCACUGUAAAGAUAGUUAGCGUCCGAUACUAUCCUCCAGUUCGACAGAAGAAGGGUAGAGAAAGCUCUGCAAAGCGGAAGCGAGAAGAUGACCAGCCUGUUGUAGAGCAGCCGGAGAACAAGAUGAACCCGUUGCGUUGCCCUGUGAAGUUUUAUGAGUUUUACCUUUCCAAAUGCCCUGAAAACCUUCGUAACUCUGGGGAGCUGUUCUACCUGCAACCUGAAAGGUCUUGUGUUGCGGAAUCUCCUCUAUGGUACUCUGUGGUUCCCAUGGACAAGAGCAUGCUUCAGAGUAUGCUGACUCGUAUUCUGGCCGUGAGGGAAGUGUAUGAGGAACAUACACGGGGGAGUGAUGCCACGGAGGACACAGACUAAAUUUGAUAUUAGCAGGCAUCUCCAUCACACAGAAAACUGAGUAAAUCCUGCACCCUUCCACGGGAUUCUCCAAUGGACAGAAUCAGAAGAACUUGCAGGGUGACUAAAUAGAGUGAGGGUGGUCAGAAUGGUCUUUAUGGUCUACUAUAAGGCAUGUUCUCAGCCAGAGCUGGGCUGGGGCUUAUCUCUUCUCAUAAUUUUCUGAACUGAAUUGUUCUGCAGCAGUUUAACAGAACACCCAACUCCUCUCCUCCAGCAAUGAGCGGAAAGGACACUUUUUGACUUCAUUGCAACUGUAGCUCUUGUGAACUCAAAUUGACUGCGUUAGGCAUAAAAACAAAAACGGACCUUUGUCUAGAAAACAAGAUCCAGUUAGUUUGAGGUGGGAAUUAAUACACCAAUGUACUCCCACAUUUCCCUCCUAACGACAUUACAUACAUCCUUCAACUUUUUUUUUUAUACACUCACCCAGUGUCCCAUGUCAUUUCACUGCAUAGUACUUUUUAACGGGCCUGAAUUUGUACCACUAAACUGCUUCUACAACAGUCUUAAAUUAAAUGUACUGUUUAGGCCUUCCUGACACCAUUGCAUACAACUAUGUUCCUCACCAGCAGGUGGCCCUACAUCCCCUUGCCCUCUUUUCAUUAACUGCUCCCAUUCUCAAGGGAUUAGGGUUUCCAGUACUGAUCUCGCUCCUCCCUACCUGCUCUCCAGGCCUGUUUGCCCUUAUGCCCCCUAGAGCUGGGUGAUGUUCCACCCAAGCCCUGCAUUGGCCAGUUACCUGACCAGAGUUGGUGACGGGAUGUUUUUUUAAUUCUACUUUAUUCUGGUUUUGUUCAGCUGCUGUUGAAUUUGUACAUAAUGUUUUGAGUGCAACCGCCUCAUGUUCACAUACAUAUAUUGCCGGGCCCUGGCAGGACCCUUUGUGUGGGAGACAUCAUUUAAUUGGAAAUAAAGUUGUUUUAAUUC